UUAAAGGAAGUGGUCUGGGCGCGACGUACAAAAUAUGUUGACAUGGAUUGUUUGUGAAUGUGUGUAGGGUUAUAUGAUUCCAUAGUUUCGAAAAGCCCAAGCUGACCGACCAUUUGCAAUGUCAGGUGGAAUUCUUGAAAGGCUGUCAGAUCUGCAAUCACAAACUAAACGAGAUUAUGAAGAUCUAUCUGUCAUUCAGCUGGAAAAAAAGAGGUUGAUGAUAAAGAAAGCUGACUUGGAAGAUGAAGUUGAAGAGCAAGAGGUGAAACCCAUCUCAGAUUUAAAUGGCCAGAAAAUAUAUAAUCGUGUUUUACCCCUGGUGAGGGAGAUUCACAAACUUGAGGUGAAGAAACAACAGCUUCAUCACGAGCUUCACCUGCUACAGGUGAGAGAAGAUGUCCGCGAUGUAUUCACCAUACUGACAGCCCCAGCCAGUGACAGACGGGGAGCUCUGUAUGCCUGGUAUACACAGUUGGAGAAGUUAGCAGGUGGUGAUGAUGCUGGAGACGAUGGGUGCUGCUGUCAGCAUGUGAGAUACUCACCACGGGUUGAAGCUGAUCAACUGGUAGAACAGCUCUGCUUCACAGUACUCCAUAGUGGCUUGACUGUACAGGUGACUAUAUCAGCAGCAGCCCGGCUGCCUCAUCACAGUGAUGCCGGUCAGUGUGACCCGAAGAUCAGUGUCUGCAGUAGUCUACACAUGGAGGGACUCUCGGACAUGGUGACAUCUCUCCUGGAGGAGGAUCACCCAGUGGAUGGAUUGUUAAAUUUCGUAACAGAAUCACUUACAAAAGACGUCCUGCCAUAUAUCAGAAGGGAUGGGCUGUAAUCCGUUGACCAGACCAUGCUGGUCUUAUAUGAACAUUGGUGUUAAGGGAAAACAUAUGAUAUUCAUAUUUU